CGUGUACCAUCUUAUCCUAUAAAGCCUGACAACAUACCAACUCUGUGUCAGACCAGCUUCCUUCCUCUAGAUGUUCUUUCUCGAACAGAAAAGCUUAGCAACCUUUACAUUCCAACAUCAAGCCUAGCAGGUUUAGAGCGCAGGAGAUGAAUGAAUGAAGAGACUGGCCCCCACUAGGUGGCAGGAGUGGACGGCGUGACAAUGAAUCUUCCAUCAGCAGCUAGUGGAUUUCUAGCUUUCCUUCUGUUAAUACCAGUGCUACAGGGUAAAACUGACUGGAAGGUUACUUACACAUCGAGUCAUAUCUGCGUUCCAAAAGGAUCAACGGUUAAUAUCAACUGCAACUAUGAAUACCCUGCCAUCAAAUCUAAAUCACAGAGCUCUUCCCUACUCAUGGAAUCACUGUGGUUUACCAAGAUAGACAGAAAUUAUCCGGUUGAUAUAGGAAACGAAACCGACUAUGAAGGUCGGGUGGAAUACAGCUGUGGAGAAAACCAAUGUAACGCGUCAGUGUGCUCUGGAGCGUGUACCCUGGGAAUCAGAGACCUGAAACCGAGUGAUUCUGCUGAGUACAAGUUCUGGAUAACGACAGCACAAACAGAUUGGGGAUAUACUGGCAGCCCUGGAGUGACCUUAACUGUGACAGAUCUGCAGGUGGAAGUGGUCGUUCUUGACAGGGACAAGCCUACCCGGCUAGACCUGGAAUGCCACAGUAUUUGUGAUAUCACUACCACCUCCUACAAGUGGUUCAGGAAUGGAGAGAAUGCAGGAACAGCACGCACAAAAGGAACAGGAAGGUACUACAGUGGACGAUUCAAGGACGACAGGGCCAUUCUUAACUCUGAAGACAGCUAUGCAUGUGCUGUUAAAGGAUUUGAACGAUUCCCCUCUCCUUCAGUGUACGCUCCAAGGACCCCCUCAGUGACCGUGAGUCCCUCUGGUGAAAUAGAGGAGGGCAGUUCAGUGACUCUGAGCUGCAGCAGUGAUGCCAACCCAGCAGCUGAGUACACCUGGUUCAAGGAACAUGAAGACUCAGUGGAGGAAUCAGGAAAGCACUACACCAUCACUAAUAUCAAAACUGAGCUUGGAGGAAAGUAUUACUGCCGAGCACAUAAUGCAAUCGGACAUCAUAACUCCACCUGGUCGUCCGUUAAUGUGACAGAAGCAUCCUCCUCGAUACAAUACUCAACGCAACGGGCAUUCACUGUGAGAAACUAUGUUGUUUCAUCGGCCGCCAUACUCCUCCUCGUCUGCCUCUGGGUGGGAUUGAGGGCCUCCAGGAGAGCAUCUUGUCUGGGGGAGGCAGCAGCAACGUUUGACGAGGAAGAGUCCCUUCCUGUUCCUGUGUAUGGAAACAUCUCAGCUCUGACCAACAGCUCCGCCCCUUCAGCAGAGAGAGAACCAAUAGAGCUGCAGGACUUGUAGCCUCCAAUCAGAUCAGACACAGCAGGUCUCAGUGGUCAGCCACCACAUCUGGUUGAUAGUUGUAUUUUACUGUUAUUUUUUAAGUUGGAUUUGUAGUGCAUUGAUCCAGAACUGUUAACAGGCAGAGGUGUCGCGUUAUUGAAUAAGAAUGCACACCCUUUGAAUGUUAUUGACCAAUCAGGAUCAAGUACUUAACGAUGCUGCAUGUAUGAAUGCGGUAUGUAAAAAACUUGUUGAGUUAUAUCCUUUUUGAUAUCCCUCCAAAAUGGCCACACACAAAAAUGCAAAUGCAACUUGAGGCUAAAGGGUUUUUAAUGAGCACAAGAUGUCACUGAAUCUUUAAAUACCUGUCCUUCCUAUUUCACAAUCAUGACUCUUCAACGUGUUUUGGAGUUAUAGGACUUUUUAUCAUUCACCCUUAGAUUCCCCACCAUAUUUUUAAGAAAUGUAUCAUUGCGGGAGAAAUGAUAGAACGUCAAUCCUCAGCAUAAGUAUAUAAUCUCCAGAUAUGGACCUCAAAGGUGUGGUUCCUCCGGCAUGUCCCUAGUUUAUCCCGGUUAGAGAUGGUUAGGUUUAGGUAUACCGUUAGAGAUGGUUAGGUUUAGUUAUAACAUUAGAGAUGGUUAGGUUUAGGUAUAAGGUUAGGGUUAGGGUUAGAGAUUGUUAUGUUUUGGUACACUAGGAGUUAGGGUUACAUAGAUAAUACAUUGUUUUCUGUUCUCCCCCCUACCACUGUUCCAAUAUAACCUGUGUAACUUCCAAUUUGUGCUUUCAAGACUUAUAUUUGUGUUGAUAACUCUACCAAUGAUCGCGCUUUAUUAAAUAUCAAUGCAAUGCCUG